AUGCCGAGCCAGGAAGCUGUGGGCUUUGUGAGUGAAGACGAAUAUUUGGAAAUCCAGGGCAUCACCCGGGAGCAGUCGGGGGACUACGAGUGCAGUGCCUCCAAUGACGUGGCAGCCCCAGUGGUGCGGAGAGUCAAGGAUCCUCCAUACAUUUCAGAAGCUAAGGGGACCGGCAUGCCUGUGGGACAGAAGGGGACCCUGCAGUGUGAAGCCUCCGCGGUUCCCUCGGCAGAAUUCCAGUGGUACAAGGAUGACAAAAGGCUGGUUGAAGGAAAGAAGGGGGUCAAAGUGGAAAACAGACCUUUCCUCUCAAAACUCAUCUUCUUCAACGUCUCUGAACAUGACUAUGGGAACUGCACGUGUGUGACCUCCAACAAGCUGGGUCACACCAAUGCCAGCAUCACACUGUUCGAGCUAAGUGAACCUACAAGCUCAUCUUUGUUGCAAGAACUGAAAACCACAACUCUGCCCCCUGGGAAAGGCCCGGGCGCCGUCAGCGAAGUGAGCAACGGGACGUCGUCGAGGAGGGCGGGCUGCCUCUGGCUGCUACCUCUCCUGGUCUUGCACCUGCUCCUCAAAUUUUGAUGUGAGAGCCGCAUCCCCGACGGGGAGGAGCCGCCGCACCGUCAGCACGUCAGCGAUGGCGACCGACAGCAUCAAGGCGAGCACCCCUGUUCUAAAGCAGAUACGAUCCCACCAAAUUCAGACAACAGAGCCGAAGGGGACACAGAUUUG